UCUGCACUGAAUGAAGCCCCCGCUGGCCAACGAGAAGUUCCCGCGGGGCUGGAUGGACAGGUGCGCUGCCCAGUAGAAGCGCAGCAUUGCGGCGCGCCCGCCAAUAGAGCGCCGUCUGCGGGCGCGGGGGGCGGGCUCUCCCUCCCCGCGGGCCGUGGCCGUCGCUCCCGCUGCUGGAGGGAGGCGGCGGAGAAAAUGGCGGCCAUGGCUGCGGAGGCGGCGGCGACUGCGGCGGUGCCGGGGGACGGCGGGGCCGGCGAGGCCGAGCCCGAGAUGGAGCCGAUCCCGGGCAGCGAGGCCGGCGCGGACCCUCUACCGGCCGUCAGCGAGGCCGUGGAGUCGGCGGUGCCGGACGGCGAGGAGGCCGACGGCGGCAAGGCCGAGGAGCCGCCGCCGGUGCAGCGCGCCCGGAGCCCCGGCGGGACUCGCGAGCCGGACGCGGGCAGGACGGAGGAGCCGCCGCCGCCGCGCAGCCCGGGGGUGGAAUCGCCGCGGGCCGAGCCCCGCGCAGCGCCCAGCCCCGGCUGCUCGGAGCCGCCGCAGCCCUGCCCGCCGCCCGAGCCGGCCCGGGAGCCGCCGCAGCCCUGCCCGCCGGCUGCCGGGGGCUCCGCGGGGCCCGGGGAGGAGCCGCCCCGGCCGGAGGAGGAGGAGCCGGAUGCUGCCGCCGCCGCCGCGGUGGAGCCCGAGCCGGCCGUGCCCGCGGCCCCGGGCGGAGGGGAGGCGGAGGUGCCGGCGCUGCUGCCCGGCUCCGAGGUGCGGGUCACCCUGGACCACAUCAUCGAGGACGCCCUGGUGGUCUCGUUCCGGCUGGGAGAGAAGCUUUUUUCCGGGGUCCUCAUGGACCUCUCGAAAAGGUUUGGCCCCCAUGGAAUCCCUGUGACCAUAUUUCCUAAAAGGGAGUACAAGGACAAACCUGAAGCCAUGCAGCUCCAAAGCAAACCAUUCCAAGAGGAGGCGCAGGUGAAGUGCGAGGCCGACGCCGCGGUCCCUGAUGACUCCUCCCUCACGCAGCCCUCAGAGCCCAGCAUAGCUAAAAGCCUUUGGACUUCUAAACCACCUCCUCUCUUUCACGAGGGAGCUCCAUACCCUCCUCCUUUGUUUAUCAGGGACACCUACAACCAGUCAAUACCUCAGCCUCCACCCCGGAAAAUCAAGCGGCCCAAGCGGAAAAUGUACAGGGAGGAACCCACUUCCAUCAUGAACGCCAUCAAGCUACGGCCCCGGCAGGUGCUGUGUGACAAGUGCAAAAACAGCGUGGUGGCGGAGAAAAAGGAGAUCAAGAAAGGUGGCAAUGCAAGUGACUCUUCCAAAUACGAGGAUAGUAAAAAGCGAAGAAACGAGAGCGUGACUACUGUGAAUAAAAAACUUAAGACUGACCAUAAGGUGGAUGGAAAAAGCCAAAACGAAAGCCAGAAAAGGAACGCUGUGGUCAAGGUUUCAAAUAUUGCCCACAGCAGAAGCAGAGUAGUUAAAGUUUCCGCACAAGCAAAUACUUCAAAAGCGCAGUUAAACACAAAAAAAGUUCUCCAGAGCAAAAACAUGGAUCAUGCAAAAGCUCGGGAAGUCUUGAAAAUGGCCAAAGAAAAGGCACAAAAGAAGCAGAGUGCAACCUCCUCUUCCAAAAAUGCACAUUCAAAGGUCCACUUCACGCGGCGUCUUCAGAACACCAGCUCAGGGUCCCUCCCGCCCCGAUUGCGCCUAAAGCCCCAGCGGUACCGCAACGAAGAGAAUGACUCUUCCCUCAAGACAGGACUUGAGAAAAUUCGGAGCGGCAAGAUGGCAACUAAGCCCCAGUCUCGCUGCUCCUCCACCCGCUCAGCAGGUAUCUGUUUGCAGGUCAGAAAAAUGAGAUAUGUAAUUGUGUAAUGCUCUGAAAUGUAAAAAAACAAACUGUAAAUAAAAUUGACUAAAUCUGAAUUAUUUGUGUGUGUUUCUCAAAAAGCUUUGAAACAAAUCCAGGAUGUCAGAGUAUUUUAUCUGUAUGCCGGAUUUAGAGGACACCCUUUAAAAGUAAAUUGUCCUUUUUCAUGCAUUCUUAAAGAUGAAGUGCUUGAUGUAAAUACUAUUGGUAUACUUCAGUCUUAAUUUGGAGAUGAUUAAUUAAUUAUCUGUCCCUUUUGUUUCAGAACCAGCUCUGUAGAGGGCUUUCUGGAAAGUUGAUUAAAUUUCUCCCUAAAUUAGCUUUUGGGCCGUAUAUUUGAGUAGAGCCUGUGGAUAAUGUCACUUGUACAGUGGGGAAUGUUUCCGUUUCCAUCUCAGAGCAGUCAGAGCUGCUCUCCACUGCCAUUCCAGCUUUUCUUGCAUGGUUUUUGCUCACUAUUGGGGCAUUUUCAUGCAAUGCACUUGCCUUUUUUGGUCCUUACUUGACCAUGUGAAUUCCUGUGUCCUCCAACCCAUUCCUGCUUCAGCCUUGCAGUGCCUGUGAAGAGUCUCCUGGUGCUCAUCCCAAAGCAGUUUUCGUCCUGGUUUUUCCAGGAUUGCCCACGUAGGCAAUCGUGACAGAUGUAAAAAUUUAAGCUCAGACUGAAAUUAAACAGACAUGACAAAGGGGGCAAGGAUUUAAUCAUUGAACCCUGAAAAUAUUUUUAUUUUAAGAUUCAAUUUCAUAUGUUCAUGAUACUGUCUGGUCUUGCCAAAGCAUUCAGUUUCUUUUUACCUUUUUCGAUGAUUCUGUCAUGCCCACAGAGCUAUUGGAAGUCUAAUGUGUCAAACCCAUGGCUGUUCAAAUUUUCCUCAGGAUGACAGUCAUUAGCUGCUAAUUAAGCUUCCAAAUAUACCAGCUUUACCUUGGCAUUCUGACAGUUCCCAAGAAGCCCCACUGGUCAAUGCUUUUUGAAUGUGAUAAACACACAACAGAUUUUGUAAAACAAAAAAAAAAAAAAAUUGGAAAAAAAAUCUGUUUCACUUCUCUGUAUUCUCUCCUGCAAACAGAAACAGUUUCUUUAAGUAAAUAAGCUGUAUUUUAUUAUUAAAGCAAACUGCUUUUUGGAGUCAGGAACCCAUGUGAGGUGGGUCAGAUGUCUACACCACUUCCUUGAGGUUUAGAAGCUCAAGUGAACUGGCUUUGAGUUACUUGUUGUAAGAAAAGUAGUGGCAAAAUCAAUAUUGACAUUGUUCUUUUUUCUUUAGAAGACCUGGAAGCUUUGUUCUCUUAAUUUAUAUAAAAUUAGAAUAGCACUGCAGCUUACAUAGGCAGAGUUUUCUCAGGUGUUCACAGGGGGAGCAGCAGGUAUGGGAGGGCUUUCUUCAGGUGGUUUUAUGUUCCAAAGAACUGUUUAUGGAAGGCAUUUAAAGUCAGUUUUGAUUUGUAGCAGAUGAGUUUUAAGUCUCUCCUCAGUUUCAUAGUGAGUGUUCUGUAUGGCUGCAGACUGAACGGGGCUCAAAACAAGUAAUUUGUUUUGUUAAAUCAAUUUUUUGCAACACCAUGUUGCAGUAAGUUGAAAAUCUCCUCUUCAUCCUCAUCCCUGACUUUGCUUUAACUCGCUCCUGUGGGUGCAGCAGCUUCCAGGGCUGGGCAGAGCCUGCUUCAGGCAGGCACAGGCUGAGAGGAGGCUUAGGGCUGGAUUAGCCAAACUGAGCCCACUCUGUGUGCCUGUGCUCCCCCUGCAGCGGCACAGCCCCAGGGCUGGCACCUUCCGUGCCCUGUCCAGGAUUUACCCCUUGCCCACCAGGAGCACCCCUGUGGGUACGAAGGGGCUCAGGGGGGCCAGGAAGAAUUGCUUCCUGGAAAGGGUGGUUGGGAUUGGAGCUGCCCAGGGGGGUUUGGAGUGCCCAUCCCUGGAGGUGCCAGGGAAUUCCUGGAGGUGGCACUCGGGGCUCUGGGCUGGGGAGCUGGCACACAAUGGACUUGGUGACCUUGGAGGUCUUCUCCAACCUCAGUCCCUCAGAAGGCCAGCAGCCCAGAGGGUGACUGCUAUUUUCCACCAGCUUAGUGGGAUAAAUGGCAGCUGAUGCCUUUUUGGUUAAUGAAGUGCCUCUGAGUGGAGGCUGGGUGUUUGUGGCCUGUCAGUUUAGGGGAGAGCAGGACAUGAGGAGUUUCAGUCCAGGUGUUCUGUUCCUCUGAAGAUCUUCAGCUUCAGUAAAUGCCUUGGCAGAGAGCAGUUAUUCCAAGGCUCAGCUCUGUCCCCAGGGCUGUUUGAAGGUGUGAGGCUUCAGGAGCAGAGCUGGGAGCAACAGGAAAUGCUUGUGUGUGUCUGAAGUGGAGUCAUGCAGGAAAUUGAACAGAUAUUUGUUACUGUUCUAAUUAGAGUUGGAACUUUGUGUCAACACUUCAGUGAGAUAAUCAUCUGUGAUGAUUUGGUUUCUCUUUCAGACUCUGCUGGGUUCAGUUUGGAACCUACAGAGCUACCCUGGGGUGGGGCUCCUGGGGUGGUUUAGGUCUGUGCAAGGCUGAAAAGACUUUUUUUGUUUCGCAUGGUGUAAAAUACCUUUGGGUUUUUUAAACAUAGUUUCUAACUGUGAUUAGGAUUAAGAGUAGCAGGAGUGGGGAAGGGUAAGAGUUGCUUGGUGCAUUGCUAGCCCUUAGAUCUGGUUCUAUUUAACUCUCUGAAGUCCUGAUAUUUUCUUUCGUGUCUGCUGAAACUGUCAAGAGUAGAAUAGGAAGGUGAAUUUUAAAAAAUAAAUGUCAGUAGCUCAUUCUCAGCAUCAUCAUGUGUCCUUCUGCCUGUUCUGUGGAGUCCGGUGAGAAAGCAGAGCAGCUUUCUUGGCUGAGGAGCUGUGGAAAGGAGCAGACUGAUAACAGGGAAAGGCUAUUUCAGUCCAUCCUUGGCUUUAUAAUUGUGUUCCAGUGAAUGCCUGCAGGAACAGCAAAUUCAGGCAGAGCAGAGGGUCCCUCACUGAUCUGGAGCUGAAGACAGCUGGGAGGGAAGUGCAGUGAGCUCGAGCCUAAAGGGAUGGCUGGCGGUGUGUGGUGGCAUAAUCCAUAGGGUACAAUGACUAGCACUGUUCAAAAAGGGGAUUUUCCCAUAGCUGACAAAGCUUCUGACCACGGAGUGAUCGGGGGUCACCCACAUUUAACACUCAGAACUUGUGUGGCUGCCUGAAGAUCCAUCAGAUCAGGUUUGAGAGAUGAGGAUGGGAGUAUCCAGUGUCAAAUUCUCCUUAAUCCCUGCUGGAAAGAGCCUGUGUGUGAUCCCUGGCCUUGCAGUGACCAUGGCAGUCAACAUUUGACCCCCCAGCUGCUCUCUGGGACACUCUGGAUUUUGGUUAAACACUUCCACAGGUCACCCUGGCAGAGUGUUCCUGCUGAGGCUGUUCAGGUGAAUAGCAUCCCUUGCACCGUGGCUUUUCCCCUCUCUUCCUGCUCACCCUCCUGGCAUUUCCAGGUACCUGGUCCACUCUGACCCCACCUCCCUCUGCCCUCUGUGCUAAGAACUGUUUGUGGUCCUUUGGAUGGGUUGCACCAGCAGCAGCAAUUCCUCCCAGCUCAGAAAUACCUCUGGUUAUUGGGGUUUGAUUGUUGGAUCCUAAUAGCAGCUUAUGAUUCCCUAUGAUUUACUCAUACAUUUCACUCUUCUGUGUUACCUGGGAUGUGGAUACAAUCCAGACUGUCAUUUAAAUUAAUUAAUGAUUUUUUCCCUUAAAUUGAACAGUGACACAAGUGCCCUCGUGUGAACACAAGGCAGAGCAGCAGUUGCCAGGCAGGGCUGUGGUCCAGGGACUUGGUGGCUGGUUUGCCAUCCUGCCUUUUCCCUGCACAGCUCUGCUGUUGCUCCCAGAUGGGGCAGUUUGGGAUGAUUCCCUGGAGCAUCACCUUAGUGCCAGGCACCAGCCACUGAGGAGAGCUUGGAUCCACAGCUCCGUGUUUUCCUCAGGAAAAUCCAAUUGGUGUUGCUGGCAGGAGGUGGGAGCAGCAGGAGCUGGGAGGUGGGUGGUGCUGACAGACCAGGGCUUCAGAAAACCUGAGCCACCUUGCACAUCCAAGAGGGACACACAUGGGAGCAAAAGGGAAAGAAAAGGUGGAAUAACCUGGAAAAGGUGACUCCUGUGCUUGUGCCGUGGGAUGUGGUGUCUGAUCUCUUCCUGCCUGCCCAUGGCCUGAGGGGAGAACUUAGCAGCAGCCUGCAGGUAGGAAUUGGCUCAGGGAACAAAUCAGGGUCCCCUGGAGCAAGUUUGAACCCAAGCUUUGCUCCUUCAGUGUGAAGAAACGGAUCUGUGGGGUUUGUUUGGGCUGUGUUUGACAAGUUCCUUCCCAAACCAGGACCAGGCACAUUUUGAGCAGCUGUAAUUGCAUUUCUGUGCCAGUGAUUCCAUUCCUCCGUGCAGAGGAGGAAGGGAGGGCUGUGGGAACCGAGGCUGUUGCAGGUGUGUGGAUCCCUGCGGGAUGGGGCAGAGGCACGGGGAAAGCUGGGACAGGAAAUGACAUUAAACUGAGGCAGGGAGUUGGAGUCAAGCACUGGAGUAUUGCUUGCACGUGUGACAGUGAAACCCUGGGUGCUGCUUGGGUGGUGGCAGGGUUUGAACCAAUGGGUCAGGCUGAGCUGGGCUCAGUGCAGCCGGCAGUGGGGGAGCAUCUGUCCUGUCACUUUGUCAUUAGCAAGGCUCGUUUUGGAAAACCAGAAUAUUUGUAAAAAUAUGUCUGUAACAGAGAUUCUGCCCCCUGUGUCCUGCUCACAUCCUGCAGGAAUCACACUUGGAGUAGCCCAGGUUUGAGCUGAGGAAAGCUGCACUGCCCUUCUGCCGGGGGCCUCGGGGUGCAGCCUCCUGCUUGGCUGAUGCCACUGAUGGAACAGCAACUUGAAAUCAGGUUGUUCUUUAGGAAAAAAACAAAUCUAGGUCAGUUUUCGUGUUUGUUUACAGAUGUUUUAGAUGUCAAAUAUGAAAAAGGAAUAUUCUCCUACGUGCCAGGCAUGUGCUGGGGAUCUGUGCUUUGGGAGGCAAGGGCUUGUUGCCAGCACUGAGGGUCUGUAACAGAGCCACAGCAAAGUCAGGUGGCAGAAUUGUCCUUGCCAUCCUUUAACAGGUGCACCAAGGGGGAGAAGGGAUCUUGCUUUGUCAGUAAAAUAAGCAGACACAAUGCCAAGCAAAUAUUUGCUUAAAUGAUAAUUUAGCAUAUUUUUUUAUUUGGUAAUGCGUAGGAUUUUUGUUUGGCUUUAGGAGAUGCUGGGGUUUAACUGCACCUCUGCAGUGCGUCAGGAUUUUAAAGCAUGUGGUGCCAGUUUGGGUAGUUAGUAGCUCUGGUGAAAAGGAACUAAAGCCACAAAAUUGAUUUUAAAAGAAUUGUAGUCAGUUUAGUUAGAAGUUUAGUUAAUAAAAAAAAAAGUCUUGAGGUAUUUCAAGUGUUGAAGGAUUUAAGAAUAAUCUCUUCUGGUACAUUUAUAUGGAAAAAACUGGGUUGGACAACGUUUUAGGAAUUCUUGCUACUGUGUCAUGUAUUUCAGGGAAUUAGGCACACAAAGGGAAGAAUGUGUUGCUGCUCUUUGUUUUCCUGGUGGCUGAGGUCCUGCUGCUGGAGGCUGUAAAGGAAGGAAGGAAACUGUUCUUGCUUUUGGUAGUUCAUCAUCUGGAAGAGCAGCCUGGUUUCUCUCUUCUCCCCUGGCUGCAAAUGGAAUCUGUAGCAGGAAAAUAGGAGUUUUGUGCCUUCUGUUCCAUAGUUCUACACAGACACAGCAUUAUCCCUCAGGAAGGUGCAUAAAUGUUACUGUAACUAUUUAAAUUUGGGCUCCUGGCCUUGAGGUUUAAUCCCUGAUGGGAUGUGCUGCUAUUUUUGCUUCCCUUGUCCUUCUGGGGUGCCUUUUCUCCCCCUCCAUGGCUGCCUGGUGUCCUUCUGUGUUUCCUUUGGAGAUAAAAGCCAGGAGUUUCAAAGGCAGAGCUUCUCUUUGGACAGCAGUGAACAAAGGGAUUGAGAAGAUGUUCCCACUGAAGAAUGAGAAUGCCCAGGGCAGUGCUGGCUGCCAGGAAGGUCUGUGUGAGCUGGGUUCAGUGGGACAGGCAGGAAGGGCCUGAGUCGUGCCAGUGCCUGUCCUGACACACAUCCUUACCUUGUUCUGGGGCAGUCCUUAGGAUGGCUCCAUAGGGAAGGGGCUGGAGCCCCAGGAGAGGCUGAGGGAGCUGGGAAGGGGCUCAGCCUGGAGAAAAGGAGGCUCAGGGGGGCCCUUCUGGCUCUGCACAGCUCCUGCCAGGAG